CAUGAGUAGAUACGCCCCCUCCGAUUUCACCAUAACAGCUAUAUAUUGACAUCUGACUGACAGAUGUUCAUUGCAGCGGACGCGAAGGGUCGCAACUACAACAGCUGAAAUAUACAACGCUUAGACAACUCGUAGACAACAGAAUGAGCCAAUAUCCAGGCUACCCUACCGGCUACGCACCUCCCCCCGGACAAUACCCCCCUCCACAGCCCUACCCCGCCCCCACCGCACCCCCAGCACCGUACGCCCAGCCCCCAGCGGGAUAUGCUUAUCCCCGUCCACCUGUCCCUCCCCCCGUCCACACGCACUACGUUGUAGAGCCUCCACGUACCAUCAUCGUUGAUGACCAUCACCACCACCACGGCCACCACCAUCACGGGCACGGAAUUGGUGCCGCGCUUGAUGACCUCUUCCAUGGCGGACACCACCACCAUCAUCACCACGGACACCAUCACCAUGGACACCACUGGUGAUGGGUGACGUAACGUGGAAGAGCAAACCCAGCCAAAGAGAAGAUUUGCAUCCCUGAAGUGUAAAAAUAAACCCUCACUACUCCGAGGAGAAAGUAAAUAACGUGAAUGAACGUCAGUUUGUAAAUAUAUUCUAUGUGCAAGAUCAGAAAUGAAGUGUCAGGUUAAAAAAAAUAUGUUCCUCAUCACUGGGAUGAUACCCCAAAAUGUGAUACACUCCAAUUUUGGUAUUCAUAAGGUUUCUAGGUUGUAGACACUUCGAUUUCUGUGUAUCGCCGAAAUAAUGCCGAGGCGACGUUAAAAUUUAAAUUUUAACUCAGUGUUUAUCGCAUAGGCUUAUGACAAAAUCUGAAAUUGUGGCUGAGCUUGGAAUGAUCCUUCCCUUCGCCAAAAAGUGAAGUACGUGACCAUUUUUCCAACUAUUUGUAUAUAUUAAAUAUUUUUACAUAUGCCAACGCCUCACAUGAGAGUCCCUGGCAUCUGAGUGUGGUACUUCAAUGACUUUGAUCUGUUUAGUUUGUUUUAAUAAACUGUGUGCCUUUA